AUGAAAUAUAUAUAUUUUUUAAAAAGUCCUCAGCAUUACCGGUUAUACUCGCUUCACUGGCUUGUCGCAUUAAACAAUAAGCCAGGAAAUCUCUUGGCGAUAGAAAUACAGGUGAAUCGCCAGCAUCACCUGGAUUUUUGUACAGCAUCAACUCCUGCGGGGAAUCGAACCUCAGAUUGGAAAUAUUUUACGAAUUUUCAAUGGAAAAUGUUUUCUUCAAAAACGAUUGUUUGGAUUUUAAUGUUAUUCGAAUUAGUUUUGUCGUGUGCUAUUUUAAUUGCAUCGUUUGCAAUAAUUUCAAAAAACUACGAAAACGGUAAAAAUUACAGUAUUACUCUUAUAUUCACAAGUAUUACGAGCUUUUCAUUGAUAAUAGUAACUAUAAUUGCAAUGGUUGGAUUAUCGAGAAGAAAAUGUUGGAUGAUGUUACCAAGGAUAUCAAUACUUGUUGGUACUUAUCAAAACUUUAAUAAUAUUUUAAUAAGGAAAUUCGCAAGCGAUUUCAACAUAAACUUUAGUUUAUAG